CAACAACACAAAAGAUUUAAAUACAAAUAAUACUAAUAAUACAUUAUGCCAACUGUGGAAUCAUCCGAUUCGGACGUACAACAAAAUCCGUCAUCGACACUACCGCUCCUGGGGGAUAAUCAGGUGACCAUGCAGGCAUCCACCUCAUCCUCAUCGAAUAAUAGCUCAUCGGCUGGUAACAGCAGUAUGUCGUCAUCGGUUGGUGGUGGUGUGGUGGGCGUGCCGCUAGAUACUCAAAACAGUGGCGAACCGCCUGCAAAAAGACAAUUGCUAGAUCCAAAUAGUGCCUCCAGUUCAUCUGGUGGCGGUGCUGCGGCAGCUUCUGGAACCAAUGAAAAGUUAGCCUAUCGCAUUUCAACAGCAUUAUGCUGUGCCGUAUGCUUGGAUCUGCCAAAAACGGCGAUGUACCAGUGCCAAAUGGGACAUCUAAUGUGCGCUGCCUGUUUUACCCAUCUCCUGGCGGAUGGACGACUACGUGAUCAGAUAGCAACCUGUCCCAACUGUCGUGUGGAAAUAUCGAAAAGCACCGCUUCCCGUAAUCUGGCUGUAGAAAAGGCUGCCUCUGAGCUGCCUAGUGAAUGUCAGUAUUGCAACAAUGAAUUUCCCUACAAAUCUCUGGAGCGCCAUGAACAACAUGAGUGUCAGGAACGUCCGACAAAGUGUAGAUAUCAUCGCAUUGGUUGUCAAUGGCGUGGACCGUACCAUGAGACUACUGAACAUGAACGCAAUUGUUUGCACCCACAAAAAUCUGGACGUGAUGUAAUGGCCGCCUUAGUUGCGCACGACGACAUGUUCAAGGAGGAGAUGAAAAUGUUCCAUACCCUGAUCGACUUGUUAAGCUAUGAGAAGAUAAUAUUCAAUGAUCUUCAAAUGAAGCCUUAUCGCACAGAUGAAUAUGUGCACAAAUUGUUCUAUGAGACGGCCCGCUUCUCGGCAUUCAAUCAACAAUGGGUUGUUAAGGCCCGCAUUAAUAACAGCCAACGCGAUCCCCAUCAAUCCAAUGAGCGAACAAUCACAUAUCAAUUGAUAUUGAAAACGAAAACUAGUACACCCAUGAGCAUACAUUUCUUUGCUCUGAAAGGUCCAUUCUCAGAUAUGAAAGUGAAUACUCAAAUAUACAAGCAUGAUUUUACAGAAGCGAGCACUGAAAGUGAUUAUUAUGUCUUACCCCUGCCAAAUGGCACAGACGGUAAUGGCUCGAGUGAAUGCAAUCGUAUGUUGGCCAACAAGGGCAUCAACUUUCGUUUGCUCAUGUUUUUGCUGAACAAGUGAAAACCAUUUUUUUUAUUCCAUCGAUAAGCAGCAGAAAAAAGUAAAAAACAUAAAAACAAACACAUACACACACACACACACACAUUUUCAAACAAGCUUUAGUUUUUUGUUGUUUCUUACUCUUAAAUGUGCAAAUUUUAGUUAUAGUAAAUUGUAAUCAUGACUGUUGUAAGCGGUAGGCUUUUGAGAAACCAAAACCAUAAGAAGAAUGAAAGAUAACAAAAAACAGAAAGUUCAGAAUAACAUCUAAUUGUAAACACACACAUUUAAACACCUGCAUACUUAUACAU